AUGAAGCAUGAAAUGCCUGAAUUUGAAAGGCCGACAAUGAAUAUAGAUUCAAUUGCCCAUCACAGAGAUAUAGAUAACUUAAAAGCUACUUCUAAGCGUGUUAUUCACGGACAGCAAGAAUUUCAAGACGAAGAGAAGAGCGAAAAAGUUAUAACAAAUAAGACGGCAGCCUCAGGGAAAAGUAAACCAGACAAUAAUCGUGAUACGGUUGACUGGGUUGAAUCACAGCAAAAUAUUCGUGCAACAACAAAUGAAAGGUCUCAACUUAACUCAAACUCGGACAGUGUAGAGAAAGAAAUACGUUAG